GUUCACGGUAAUACUUCCAGUGGCGAUUUGAUGAGUAAUCAUUUACACAUGCUAUGAGUAAGCAUUGUCUCUCCCUUAAUUACAUCAUCUUCUGAAGGGCUUAGGAGUUGAACUCAUACACCUCCAAAUCUCCAGAAGGGUUUACUGCACCAUCUUAGCUAUGCCAUCACUGUACGAAGAAUGUUCUCGCUGCGGUCAAGAAACAAGUGGGGCUCUGUUCUGUUCAUCAUAUUGUCGCGAAAACUCCAUCGCCAAUCCACAAACGCCGCACGAGCCUCAGGAGCAGAGUGCGAUCCGCCCGCCACCUCAGACUACGAGAUCUUCAUCAGAGUGGGUCUUUCCCAUUGAGACCCAAUCUCAGCUUGGACAAAAUUCAGAUUCUGUUAAACUACUUUCACCCCAAGGCCGUUCGACACCAAUUCCCCAUAGUACUCAGAAUCAAUUGAAUGAGUACGCUUCCUUAUUUAUCCAAAGCUCACGCAACAACUGAUUGGAUAUUACUCCGACCGGCAGAGGAACGAUGCGACUCGAGCCUCGAUAGCCAAUAUCUACGACAAUACCAAGUAUAAACAAAA